CCGUUAUGUCAUCUCUACGCAUUUCACCAUCUCUUAAGCCACCUCGCCCACCUCGCGCGAUGAGCGAUACGCACGAAGCGGCAACAUCGCUUGCGAUUCGACUCGCUCUCUCGUCGCGCAGUAUCGCCUCGCCUGCGCUUUGGGAGGCCGUGUUUGUAGGUUUAUACGCAAUGACCACCACCAACAUGUCCAGUAGACAGUUCAGAGAACGGUUGAUAGACGAAGUGAAAAAGUACCCUGUUUUAUACGACACAAGACACGAAAAUCACAGAGAUAUUGACAUUAGAGACCGCUGUUGGUCGGAGAUUUCCGAGCGGCUCGGUGGAAACAGUGAGGUCCUGAAGCGGGAGUGGAAGAUCCUCCGUGACUCGAUGCGGCAGGCGCUGAAGCGCACCAAGCGCGGCGCCACCACCAAGGCCGGCGCGCCCUGCAAGAAGUGGCGCUUCGAGAGCCGCAUGGCCUUCGUGCUGCCCUACAUGACGGUCAGGAGAAACGAGCGGCAGGUGAAGGACACAGACGUGAAGCUGGACGAGGGCGAGGAGCCGCCGGCGUCGGACCAGGAGUCAGAGGCGUGGGAGCCGGCGGGCGGCGGCGGCGGCGACGACGCGUUGGAGCUGUUCUUCGCGAGCGUGUGCCAGAGCGCCAAGCGCCUGCCGCGGCCGCUGCAGCAGCGUCUCAAGCGGCUUACGCUGGACGCGCUGCUGCGGCUGGAGGAGGAGGCCGACGCCGACGCGCAGCCCAACGACACCAAGAACUUCUAACAGCACACGGAUCAACUGUCCGAAGCUGUACCACAAAAUAAAUAGGAUCGGAGGACAGUCUACAUUUUAAAGUGCGCUCGGACAUCGCACACAUAGGUUGACAACGCUCACCGACUCGAUAUUGUCGAUUUGACACGAUUCGCAAACCUAUGUGGGUAUGCAAACGAAGUAGAUACAUACAGGUAAUUGUCUUCUGUUCCUAUUUAUUUUGUAAGUAUCUGUACGGUACGGAGACCACAAGCUGCAUGCGACAUGUCGCCGCCUACCUGCUGGUUUUGGCGAAAAAUAUAGUGAUUACAUCACAGAAAAUGGGCCGAGUUGGGGUGGAAUCCUUUGUAAAUAAAUAAACCUUGUACCUAUA